CUUGCUUGAAUCUUGAGUGAGAAGCAAGAAGUAAGUUACUGACACUGUCCGUCAGGCGUCAAAGGAUUUUAACAUGAGGGAACUUCAGUAAACACUGAACAUUUUAAGUUUUUUUUCUUCAAAAUAAUGCCAUUACUAAAUUUUGAGAACUGCAAAUUAGUGACUUCUAGGUUUCACAGUGAGCAAUAAACAUAAGUUACUAUUCUUGCUUUGGGUUUCAGGCCAAUUAAAAAUAUUGUCAAGUUAUGGGUUUGCAGUACCUAGUAGCUUAAGUUAAGUCUACGUUGUUCUACAAGUUAGCCUAGGCCUAAGUUAGGCAACAUUGAAUAGUGAUAGGCCUAAGUACUGAAGUACUUCCUAUGGCUGGAAAAAGCAGUGUUGAUCCAAUGGAAAAUUUGCAAAAGAGACCUUCCAAAGGAAUAUUAAAAACUUCUUCAAGUUUUGAAGCUCCAGAUGCUCCUCAAAAGAAGGGGAAAAUGUGCAAAAACAAAGCUACAAAGUGGGACGAAAUGAACAUUAUUGCUACACUUCAUCCGGCAGAUAAAGACUACGGCCACAUGAAGGUGGAUGAGCCAAAAACUCCUUUUGAAAGAAUGCCAGAGGAUGAUGAUGUUGAUGAACUUGAUGCCCAGCUGUUAGCUGACAAGAUCCGAUUGGGUAGUGCGCAGCCGAGGAAAUGCUCCAUUCCUGUAGAAUCAGAGAGUGAAGGGGAGGAAGAGGAAACAGAAGAACAGAGAGCACUCCGGAAAGCCUUUGAAACCAAACGAAAAGCACAUUACAACGAAUUCUUGGCAGCUAAAAUGGCCCGAAAGUACAUCAAUGAUGAGGAGGAGGAGGAAGAAGAUGAUGACAAAGGAAAGGAAAGCGAAAACACAAACAUCGAUUCGAGAACAACCAAGUAGGAGAGCAUUUGGAAGUGCCUGUUUGCUCCCAAACACUUUGUCCACAUAUUUUGCUGUUGUUGCAACAAAUGCCGAAGACGAUGAGACUUCCAUUUACCUUAGUCUAUUUUGAGACAUGUCAAUGCAAGAUCUCAGCAAUACCAAGCCAUUCUCAUGUCUCUGUUGUUACGGCAGUUUAUUAUAUUUUAAAUAAUUCCUGUGAUAGAUUUUCAUAUUAAUAUUUGUCUAUUUGUACAUAAUGCAUUUAAGGAUGAAAACUUGGCUGUUUUAGGGCAAUUAUUUUAUGAAUGUGUACGUCUCUUUAUGUGUCUGAAAUUAUUUAACUGUAUAAAAAUAUUAAAUCUGAAUGAUUGUAAAACUAAACAGUGAUUAUAAAAUGUAUUUAAUAAAGUAUGCAAAGUAAUGUAGUAAAAGUAUGCAAAGUAAAAUUUAUCAAACACUCUUUACACUUCGUGAGUAGAAGAAUGAUUAAAUGAGAAUGUGUAGAAGUUGUUAAAGAGGUUUGGAUGUUUUUAACCAACAACUCAGUUGCUUUAACAGCUGAUCCUGCAAAUCUUAACAGUUAAGUUUGUUAGUUGAUUGUUUUGUUUGUUUAUUUUUUUUCUGACAAUCUUUAUUGGACAUUCGGGCAUUUUACAUGUCCUCUACUCUACAGCAAGAUUCAAGUACAGGACCGUUAUAGGAAUACUUUAAUUUUAUGAUAUUUAUUUUAUUUUCAAUUUAAAAUAUUGAGUUUUUGUAUGUUAAAACAUCUUUAAACAAAUUAGGUACUUUAAAAGUAUGCCUCAUUCACUUGUAUCAAAGGCCUUAGUACUGCAAACAUUGUUUUAAAUACUUUCCCGCAACUCUGCAUCCAGUACAUAACUGGUUAUGACAUUGUACUAAUACUGUUAAAAAAAAUAUUGCUUAAGGUUCUGCUACUCUACGUAGUAAAGGAAAUGGACGGGACACGGAAAGGAAACAAACCGGACCAAUCCUGGUUCUAGAGCUACAUUUCAUGGUAUAAGGAAAGGAAACUACUGAAAACAAUUUCCUUCGAAAAUGAGCAAACUAGUGAUGGUCGAAACCAGAAAUUUUGAAUCUCAAAACCGAAACUUUAAAAAAUCUAACCUUGAAUCUCAAAAACCUAAACACGAAACUUUCUUACGUAGCUGGUUACAAAGGUCAAAGUUACAAAAAAAUACAGGUAAUAAUUAAAUACUUUACUUACAUUAGUUACUUUACUUUUCAUUUAAAUGGAUGCCAUCAAAACUGAAAGAGAUCAAAUCCUGACCGCUGACCCUGAUAUAAAAACUUUCUCAAAUUGAGAAAGAAUAGUCAGUAUGAAAAAAAUGUGUACUAAGGUCUGUAUGUUUUAUCUAAUAAAUCCUAUUCAA